UGUGGGAGUUGAAUGUUGACUCAUACUUUGCUCAGACUGAGAUGAAACCGCCAGACUUCGAACGAGGUGGACAAGUCUUCAGUAUACACGGCUUGAUUGAAGGACUGCUCACCUCUGGAUCUUGGCUCUAAUCGCAACGACAGCGCCCAGCAGACCUGAUAAGCUAAGGGACAAAAUCAAUACCUGGGAAAUCAGAGUUCACCACUUGAACCAUGGAUGAGGAAAUUGAGAUAACCGAUGAGAAGGACUGGAGAGAACUUGAACCAAACUACCCCGUCAAAAUCUUCAUGACGAUCUUUUACAGCCUCAUCCUAGUGACAGGUAUUGUGGGUAAUUCAGUCACUAUCAGAGUGACACAGGUGCUGCAGCGAAAUGGCUACCUGCAGAAGAAUGUGACCAACCACAUGGUUAGUCUGGCCUGCUCUGAUUUGUUGGUGCUCCUCAUAGGCAUGCCUGUGGAGCUCUACUUUGCCAUCUGGUUCCCAUUCAGCUCCACAUCGGGCAACGCUUCCUGUAAGAUCUACAACUUCUUGUUCGAGGCGUGCAGCUAUGCCACCAUUCUAAACGUAGCCACGCUUAGCUUUGAACGCUAUGUGGCUAUCUGUCACCCAUUUCGCUUCAAAGCCCUGGGCGGGAAACGUACCUCUGCCUUAAUCACCUUUGCUUGGCUGGUGUCCGUGCUCGUGGCCCUUCCAUUGCUGGUUGCCACAGGAACUCAGGGCCACAUUCCUGUCCGAGAAGAUACGCCCGUCCAAAAUCUGACGUUCUGCACCAAUCUCAGGGAGCACUGGGUGAUGUACAGAGUCAGUAUUUUUGGGGCGUUCAUCGUCUACAUGGUCGUGUUGAUCUGCGUGGCCUUCAUGUGCCGAGCCAUGAUCAUGGUCCUGCAGAAGCCUAUGGGUUCAAUAGACGGAGAGCCCAAUGGAAUACAAAGAGCAUCAAAGCAUGAAAGUUCAAAGGUCAAGAUGGCGAGGAAGCAAACCAUCCUUUUUCUUGGUCUCAUCGUGGGUUCUUUGACCGUGUGCUGGCUUCCCAACCAGAUUCGUCGUCUCAUGAUGGCCUCCGUGCCCAAGUCCCACUGGACUACUUCCUUCUUCAGGAGCUACAUCACACUUCACCCUGUGGCUGACUCCUUCUUCUACCUCAGCUCUGUGCUGAACCCAUUCCUUUACAAUCUGUCCUCCAGGCAGUUCAGGGAGGUCUUUCUUCAGGUACUGCGGUGCCACCUCACUAUCGAACACGUGAACAAGCGCACCUUGAAGAACACCCAUGCUGCUUCUGCGCGCUCACAGCUGCCCCUGUUGAAGUCCUUGCGUCGAAGCAGAGCAAACCACACCACGAGGGAACAAGAAAAGAACCCUCCCACUUUCACAAGCUUUCAGAAGGAUAGUGACGUAGGAGAUACUCAUACAUCAGAUAUUGAGACGACCGCCACUCUGACUGAGCAGUCAGCUUCAGUUCUCCAAAUAAAGACAGAUGAACCAUCGGAGACUGAAAUAUAAUGUGCUGUAGCCUACAAUUUAUUGUAACACAAUGCACACUAAAAACAAACAUGGUGGAAACUUCGAUCUCGGUCACCAGGACACUUGUGCUGUGCCAUUAGAAAGAAAUAAAGAAAUAUUAUUUAUACCCAGUAAACCCAGUAGGCUACAAGGUGUUAAAUCAUGAAUUUCAAUGACAGAUCGAAGUCAGCUGACUAUGCGGCAAUAAAAAACCUUGCAUUCAACAUAAAACGGUACAUUUCGUAUGAAUUUGGUUAAAGUUAAACGCUUGUGAUGUGUGGGUGCUUGUAAUCUUUGCAUAAAUAUUAAAAUUGAAAUCUGAUGUUGAGUUCUAAUUCAACUGAUGUUCAAAAUCUCAUGUAACAAUAACAACACUCGUGAAAACACACUCACAAGCAUAAAUAGCACAAAUACAUGUUGCUUUCCUGUCGAUUGCAGAGGGUGGAACUGCAAUUGUGUGGUGAUGCAAGACUGGCCCCAAAAACACAGUUUACUUUACCCAUUCACGAACAUCCCAACAUUACCCUUUAUAUUAUCAGAAUUAAGAUUACAGUCCAAUCAAAUUAGUAUUUCUGUAUUUAAAUGCACAUAGUAAAUUAUUUCCUUAGAAAGUAUAUACCCAAAUAACUUCCUGAAUAAUAAAUUAAGGUAAAUAAGGUUGAUAUGUAGGCUUGAAAUAGUAAAUAAAGGAACUGUAGAAUCCUGCAUGUUGUUGUCUAUGCAAUAGACACAACUAACAAUACCACAAGUCCUUCUAAUUAAUUGUAGUAAAUGUGUUUUCUGUCCAUGCCACUUUUGGGGUCAUGGCAGAAACAGAUGUUGCCAUUCUCCCACACAAUGAGCAUUAUAUUAUUCACUUGUGAUCAUCUUGGAACCACAUGGUAUUCAGGUCUUUUAAAACGUCUGCACCAUUCAAACUAAAUGAUGUUCCUCAACUUGAUGUUGUUCCACGCUCUGACAGUUGAUGGUGAUUUAGAACACAAAACACAGAAAUGCAUCAAAAAAAGAUGGGGCCUGGAAACCAGCAAUUCUUAUGGUUGUAUGUCUAUCCUAUGACAUCCGGAGGAGAUGUGAUAAGGUCUAGUGAUGUGACCGGGGUAGGGGUUAAAGAGGACAGUUACACUUCCAACACAUGCGAUACACUUACUCUACAUGCUGCCUUUAACUUUAAGGUCAGUUCAAGAGAAAGAAAAAUCAUGUUUAAAAUCAUCAAACCAACAAACAUCACAAUUUUCAUAUUUCAUAUUUCAAAAGCAACAGAAUGUGACCAUUUGAUGAGUUAUAUGUGUACAUUAUGUUUUAAGUGAAGCACAUCACAGUACCUUCUAUCAUAGAAAAUAACUAAGUAAGUUAUCUCAGUGGCCUUAAGUCUGGAAAGUGACUCCAGGAGUUGGUGGUUGUCCCUGGACAAAUUCAUUACUGUUGUGCCACCUCUAAGCAAACUUGUAAUUUCAGAAAUGAGAAGUGAUGCCAUAACAUGUUGGUAGUUUGAAAAAGAUGUCAGUAUUUCAGCAUGCCCUUGCAGCUCUAUGUACAGCUCUAUGUGUGAGCAGAAAGCUAUUGUGGUUUCAGAACUAGCAGAGAGAAGUUUCAAAAUGCAACAGAACUUAGAAAUGGCUUUCACAAUACAAUAUUCAAAAUAUGCUGGCUCUGUGAGGUGCUAUAUUCAAAGGCAUAUGCAUCUUUAUCUAUCAAUUACAUUAUGUAAUGACUGCAGAUUCCUGCAAAUCAUUUAUUAAUAGCAUGGCUGCACAUAGCAUACUAAGUUCAUUCAUAUGCUGCAAACUUGGUGAUUUUUAAUGGUUUUCAUAAAGAUAAAUCAUGGAGUUAUUUAAUCUAGAGAUCGAGUGGAGAAUGAGUGAUGAAGCUUAAUUUACUUCUUAUCUUUCCUGCAAUAGAUCUUAUUUGACCUUGCAGUGUAUAAAAGACAAAUGUGCAUAAGCCACCUGCUGUCUGAUAAAUAGCUCCAGGCCCUGGGAUCCACAGCACUGCUCUUUUCCUCCUCACCUUACCCAACUCCACUUGUAAGCUGUGAGGAUAGAAAUUUCCAGUGCUGUGGGAUGUUGGAACUCUGAAGUCAAGCUGCGACAAAAAGCAGGGAAGAAAGAACACAAAUACUGUACAAAGCUUCAACAUGCCUCAUAGAAUAAACAUUUCAAAGCGUACAUCUCAGCUUAAACAGUUCUGGUUCAUAUCUUGUGUAUUGUCAGCAGCAGAACUUUGUUCGUUGAUGGCCCAUGUGAAGGUCUGUCAGCAGAGGGUGAGGGGGAGUAGGAGGAUGUAGACAGAAAAUACAGGGAGCAGUGGCGUGGUCAGAGUGAUGGCAGCGGACUGUUGGGGGCGCCUCUUCUGGCGUGGUCCAUUACACAGCGGUGUGUUACAGCAGGUGAUGCACACUGAGUUGAGCUUGCUGGUACAAAACUGCUGGUAGCCAGAGGAAGCAAUCAGACAAGCUCCAGAUGAGGCGCAGGACUUGCGGUAGUGAGUCCCUGAAAUGGACAGAAAUAGAUACCUUUAAGCCGAGAGAGAGAGAGAGAGAGAGAGAGAGAGAGAGAGAGAGAGAGAGAGAGAGAGAGAGAGAGAAAGUGUGUGUGUGUGUGUGUGUGUGUGUGUGUGUGUGUGUGUGUGAGAGAGAGAGAGAGAGAGAGAGAGAGAGAGAGACAAUACAUCUCAAUAUAAUUGGGAUGUAUUAUCUCAUUAAUGGAAUUUCAGUUUAAAAAAAAAUAAAACAUGUUUCAAGAAAACUAGAUCAUAAAUAACAUUUCUUUAUUGGGCUGAUGCUCCCAAGUUAAGUCAUUAUUUUGAGCAGUUUUCUGGGUCUCUUAAACAGUUGAUAUGAUACACAGUAAUUGUCAGUGCAGUGUUAACAUUCCAUGUAUAAGCAUUCCAUGUAUGAGGGUAUAUAAAGCCCUAUUACCUUGGAGCUAACAUUGCUAACAAGCAGCAAGGUGGAAUACUGCUUAAGUAGGGAGUGGAAAUGAGAAGGGCCACACUGACAGUUGACCACCAGAAACAUACCAGUUAUUAGGUGAUUAUUCUUAUUAGCCACUCAAGCCAAAAUCGGGCAGGCAAUGCCCAGAAGUUCGAGCGGGUCGUCCACUAAACAGAGGACUGACGGUUGAUCCCCAUUCUGCAUGCAAAAGUGUCCUUUGGCAAGAUACUGAACCCCUAAUUGCUCAUGAUGGCUGUGCUGGCAGUGUGUGAGAGAUAGGGAAAGUGCUGCACGUGUAGAUGUAUUGUAUGAAUGUGUGUGUAAAUGGGUGGUAAAACUGUUCUGUGGAGAGCUUUGAGUUGUCAUUAAGACUAUAGCUCUAUUUAAAUAUAGACCAUUGACUAUUUGUCGAGGAGGAGGAGGCCGCAGCAUGAAGCAUGUCCCUCCACAGUUGCCAAAGCUUGCUCAUUGUUGGAACUGUUGGGUUUCACUUUCAUAUUGUAUGGUCUCUGAUGUAUUAUGUAAAACGCCUUGAGGUCAUGUCUGGUGUGAUUUGGUGCUAUACAAAUAAAAUGCAACUGAAAAGUUGAAUUGAAAUCAACCAGCAGCAGCACUUGACCAGAAGAUAAAGAAUGAUCCACUCUGCAGCAGAUCAGCUAGCGUGGAUGAUGUGAUUUUCUUUGAUGCCCUCAAUCAUUCAGUCUUAAAGCCUUAUCUCUCACUUUACAUUUUACUGGGCACAUAUCAUACAUGCAGCCUUUAAGGUGCAGUGGUGAAAAUAAACAUUUCAAUGUCUCUACUUGUAUUUACCUAUAUACCAUGUUGUUAUAUUAUAUAUACACAUUUCAACAUGUUCAGCCCUUUUUGUUUUGUUCUGGUUAAUAAAAAUUAAACUUAAUGAUA